AUGUGGUGGUUUGUUGCUAUAGUAUGCCUGAUACAAGCAACUGCAAGCUCAGAAGAAUUAACCAGGAGAAUAAGAGAUGUGAAUCCUGAAACUCAUAUGAAUAUUAGUGAGUCGAUUAGCUAUAAAGGAUAUCCUAGUGAAGAGUAUGAAGUCUUGACAGAUGAUGGUUAUUAUUUGGCAAUCAACAGAAUUCCUGGUGGAAAAAACAAUCUUACUAUCACAGCACGUCCAAAGCCUGUUGUGCUUCUUGGGCAUGGAAUACUUGCAGAAUCUAAACUCUGGAUGAUAAAUAUGGCCAACAAGAGCCUCCCUUUCAUAUUAGCGGAUGCUGGUUAUGAUGUUUGGCUAGGAAACAACAGAGGAACAGCAUGGUCCAAGAAACACCUUUAUUUGUCAGCUGACCAAGAGGAAUUUUGGGAUUUCAGCUUCCAUGAAAUGGCCAUGUAUGACCUUCCAGGAAUGAUAAACUUUAUUUUGAAGAAAACUGGACAGGAACAGUUGCAUUAUAUUGGUGACUCUCAAGGCUGUGCUAUAGGUUUCAUAGCAUUUUCAACUAUGCCAGAGCUGGCUAAAAAAAUAAAAAUGUUUUUUGCCUUGGCUCCUGUGGUUUCUGUCAAGCAUGUCCCAAGCCCUGCAGUGAAAUUAUUAUCUUCAGUUUCUGAACAUACAAUAAAGGACAUAUUUGGCAAAAAAGAUUUUACCUUGUUAAACCCAGCUGGAAAAACGUUUCUCACCAAGUUAUGCAACUAUGGCUUCAUGAACAAAUUAUGUAAUUUUGCUCUUUUAUUUGCGGGUGGAUUCAAUGCAGGAAAUAUAAAUAUGAGCCAAGCAGAAGUGCUUACAUCUUGCUUUCCAGAUACAACAUCAAUUAAAAACUUACUUCACUGGAGACAGACAGGAGAAUCAGGAUUCAGAUAUUUUGACUAUGGAAGUGAGAAUCAGGUCAGAUAUAACCAGUCCAUUCCUCCUUCAUAUAAGGUAGAAGACAUGAUGGUGCCAACUGCAGUAUGGUCUGGUGGGAAGGACAUGAUUGCCAACCCAGAAAAUAUGGAAAAUUUAAUUUCUCGUAUUACUAAUUUAGUUUACUAUUGCCACUUUCCAGAUUGGACCCAUUGGGAUUUUGUUGGGGGUAUGAAUGCCCCACAACGCAUGUACUACAAAGUUGUUGAGAUGAUAGAGAGAUCUCUAUAAAGCAUUGCUUUUCCAUGGAAGAUUUCAUUUCAGUGUAUUUUUGUCUCUUCCUCCUCAACAACCUAGGCUAGCCUGAGGUGGAUAACAAAUUACCUAGUACCCUACUGAGGUGUUUUUGGCUUUCUGAAAUCAACAAUAUUUAAUAAGUAGUUAACUUUUCCUAGAUCAAACUGAGUGUUACUGACUGUUCAUUGCAUUUUAUUAU